CGUGAGUAAAGCCUUGCACUUUGAUAAGUUGUCCGUGCAAUAUGUACAAUCGUUAUCUCUUCUGCGUUGAGAUUUUGACCGUGAAAGAAGCAAAAAAAAAAAACAUAUUGAUAUUCAGUGAGCGAUCUUGAGAUAAUUGUAUCAUAUAAUAGUGAUAGUACUUGCGAUGAAUUAAAAAAUUGUGAGUAAACAAUGUUGAGAUAAUUGAUCGUCAUACGGAAGUACUAUAAAAUAAAGUUUCAAUUGCGUUUAUUCCAGUCGUUGAAUUAGUUAGUGAAAAUAUCUAGAAACAAAAUGUCUCACCCUGCGUGGCUAACUGCGAAAUUUAUAGAAUGUGUGUUGAAAGACGCAAACAAUGACAAUUCGAUUUCAGUGACACAAAUUUCGGUGACAAAUGCGACUAACAAAGGCGACAAUUACUCCAGUGAGUUGUACCGAGUUAAUUUUGAUGUUACUCGAGAUGGAAUUGCUGGUAAAGGUUCGGUAAUUGUCAAGGCGAAUUACAGCACUGAGGGAGUGCACAAAGAUUUGAUCGAGGACACCAAAAUAUUUGACAAUGAAAUCCAAAUGAUGACCAAGACUCUCAGAGAAAUGGAAUCGGUACUACAAGACGGUACAAAAUUCGGUGGCCAAUGUUACUAUUCGCAGGUGAAGAAUCCUGCAAUGCUUAUCAUUGAAGAUUUGACUCCUCUGGGAUUUAGAUUGGCUGACCGACAAGCACGUCUUGAUCUUCCACAUUGCAAGUUAGCGUUGCAGAGAUUGGCCAAGUUUCAUGCUAGUUCUGUUCUAGUUUGCGAAAAGGACCCGCAAGUCAGAAAAGAUCAUCGCAGAGGAAUGUUUUCUGCAGAAUUUCCUCCAGCAGUUUUGACAUUUUUCAUAAGUGGCAUGAGAUCUCUGGCGAAAAUUGCCAAUUCGUGGCCAGAAUUGAGCGAAGAUUGCAAAAAGAAGUUUAAAAAAAUCGCGGAUUCUGCUUAUUCCAAAGCGUGCGAAAUAGGGAAGUUAAGAGAAGAUGAAUUCAACGUAAUCAACCAUGGAGACUUUUGGGUGAACAAUAUGAUGUUCAAAUACGAUAAAGGAAAUGUUACAGAUCAUAUUUUUGUUGAUUUUCAAAUGUGUCAUUAUGGAACUCCGGCUUUCGAUCUCUUGUAUUUUCUCAACACAAGCGUUUCCGAGGAAGUGCUGAUGGAUCACAAAGAUCAUUUGAUUGAAGAGUAUCACAAAACACUUUUUGAAACGAUGAGAAAAAUUGGAUGCAAAGCUUGCGCUCCUACUUUGGAAUACAUCUCGACAAUCUUAGCAGAAAAAGAGUUCAUUGGGUUCUUGUUCUCCUGUACAGCUUUUCCGAUCAUGAUUGUUGAUAAAAGUGAUGUACAAGGUCUAGAAGAAAUGUUGGAAGGCGAUCAAGCUGAUUUCAAUUCCAAGGCGUAUCAAAAUGAAGCUUUUAGAAAGAUAAUGGUGCCUCGGCUUCAAGAUUGGAAUUCUCGAGGAGUAUUGGAUAAUAUGAGCGAACUCGAGUGGUUGACGGAGGAGUUUGUACAAAAUGCCCUUCGAAAUGCGAAAAAGGAUAAUUCGAUUUUGGUAACUAAUAUGGUGGUUAAAAAUGCGACUGACAAAGGUGAUAACUACACCAGUGAAAUGUAUCGGGUUUAUUUUGAUCUAACGUGCAAAGAUGGAAAGAAGAAAUGUUCGGUUAUUGUUAAAACCACUCACAGAAAUCAAGGAAAGCACACUGAGUUAAUCGAAAGUGCAGAUUUGUUCGGAAUCGAAAUGACGAUGAUGACAUCGACGCUCAGAGAGAUGGAAUCUGUGCUAAAAGAUACUAAACUCGGUGGAUUGUGUUAUUUUACCCGACCCAAGGAUCCUAAGGUGCUUAUGAUUGAAGAUUUGGCUCCUUUGGGAUUCAAGAUGGCUAAUCGACAAACCGGACUCGAUUUCAAUCAUUGCACACUCGCAUUGCAGGGUCUGGCCAAGUUCCACGCCAGUUCCGUAUUAAUUAUUGAAAAGAAUCCCGAACUCAAGGAAAUUUACAGCAAGGGUAUGUUUGAAAUGGAAUUUCCGGAAGACAUGUCAAACUUCUUCGUCAGUGGGAUGAAAUAUUUGGUAAAAGCAGCCGCAUCAUGGCCGGAAUUGAGGGAAGACUGCAGGAAGAAAAUAGAAAAAAUAGCUAACGUUGCUUACGAUAAAGCCGCCAAUGCUAGGAAGUUGGAUGAAAAGGAGUUCAAUGUUAUAAACCAUGGUGAUUUUUGGGUUAAUAACAUGAUGUUCAAGUACAAUGACAAGGGUGAUGCUGUAGACCACAUCUUUGUUGACUUCCAACUUUGUUCUUACACUACCCCAGCAUUAGAUCUCCUGUAUUUCCUCAAUUCGAGCGCCUCCGAAGAGGUGCUUGAAAAUCACAGAAGCUCGUUAAUUAAAGGUUACGUGAAGACUCUUUCAGAGACGAUGACAAGAAUCGGCUGCAAGACGAAGGCUCCCAGUAUUGAAUAUUUUAAGAAAAUAUUAGCAGAUAAAGCGAUCAUUGGGUUCGUUAUCGCUUGUUCGGGUCUCCCAAUUUUAAAGCUGGACAAAAGUAAAGCUCAAGGCUUGGAAGAAAUGAUGAACAAUAAAGAAGAUUUUCAUUUAAUGGCUUAUAAUAAUGAAGCUUAUAGGAAAGUUAUCGUUCCUAGGUUACAUGAAUGGGAUUCUCAAGGACUUUUUGAUAAAUGAUUGAUUUAAGGUAGUUAGGUCAUGCGAGCAAAAUUUCAAGAAACCUUCCAAAUUUAUAAUAUAAGUAAUUAAAUGCACAAUGCACAUGCUGUUGAAAUUUGGAGAAGAUUUACCACUUCUAAAUAAAGACAAUUGCAAUUGAAAAUGACAUUUUGACAUAGGCGGUAUGGGAAAACAGA